AUGUCAUCCUCAUCAUCUUCAACAUGUCAACCGCCAGCACUACGAAGGUUCCAGAACUCCCGAGCCGAGUACGAAGCUUAUCUGCCCCUCACUCAAAGAGUUCAGGAAGAUCUGAGGAACGAUGCUGAAGAAUUGAGAGCUCAGGAAGGAUGGGACGAGGAAGAAUGGAAUGGAGUGGAAGAGUGGACCAAGGAUAUUGAUAGUAUAUUCAGGCAUUUGAGGAGACAUCGCUUCGACGAGACGAAAACACUCACAUCCCUGUUAAGUACUUUACAACAACGUAUCACCCUAUCUCUUCAUUCUCCUAUCCCUUCUUUCCCACCUUAUACAGAGUCACCAUUAUUCCUCAUACUGCCUUUACCCGAUCAUACCGAUAGAUUGGGACGUCCAAUAGCGGUGUUGACGGUGAAAGAGGUUAUCAGAGAUACAGAUGGGAAAUUGGAUGAUUUGAAGAAUUAUGCGUGGUGGGCAUUGGAAGUGGUCAGAAGGACGUUGAGGGAUUAUUGGGUGAAAGGGAUUUGGACGAAGAAGCAGAAUGUACAUUUGGGGGAAGGUGGCGAGGGACUGUGUUUGAUAGUCGAUGCGAAUGGUGCGGGAUAUAGGAACAUGGAAGUCGAACUUCUGCCAACACUGCUUUCAGUAGGCCACAAUCAUUUCCCAGGGAUGAUCGAAAGUGUCUACGUUGUCAAUGCAGGAUGGACCCAUCGAUCGAUGUGGAACGUCAUCAAGCGUGUUUUACCCAGAUCAGCUUUGGAGAAAGUGGCAUUCUUAGAUAACAAAGAGAAUCUGGAAGCUGCAUUUGAUCUGGAUAACCUACCUCAAGCGUAUGGUGGCAAUCACUCGUUUUCAUUCCCGUCUCUGCAUAAUCCUAUAUACUCAUAUUACUCCCAUCACUCAUCAUUCGAUCAGCCCUUUCUUGUCUCCCCUUCCCGAAAUUCAUCAUACAGCUCGAUCGCCGAUAUCUACUAUUCCGCCCCAACCACUCCAGCUAGAAGUCGACGGAACAGCUCAGCAAUCAAUCUCGGAGGCUGGAGAUUCGGAUCUGGAUUAAGGAUGACCAAAUCUAGAGAAGCAAGCUCACCUCCUGAACCUGCCAAACAAGAAGAAGAGGAAGAAGAUGGCGAUGUACCACGAUUGGAAGUUGAAGAACCUACUCCGACUCACGACACGUCGUCCGAAAUGUACAAGCCAACCUUUUCCCGUCGGAGCAGUUCCAGACGAUCCACGCCCCUCGUCAGUGGAGAUGAAACUGCAAGUCGUAUUUGGAGUGGGAGUAAAACACCUACGGUCAUUGCCAAUGGAGCUGGAGGUGGACAAAGUGCGAUACAACGAAUAAAAUCGUUAUCGGAUUUUCACCUGUACCUUUCACCAUCAAGAUUAGCCAACCUUGAUCUAUUAUCUGAUUCAGAUUCAGACUCGGACUCAGUGGUUGAAAAUCAACUACGGGGGGAACAGAAGCCCAGAAAAAUACUGAAACCCGCUUUGUUCGAAGAAGAUAUGGAGAAAUCAUUAUCUGAAAGAAGAUCUCGACCCCCUCUGAGGUUGCUGGGAGUAAGGAACGAAGAAGGUUUACAAAACGCUAGGACGUAUUCGGAUAGAUUGCAGAAACAUCAUGCCAAGGUCUUACAGUCUUAUGGAGUUAGUACGCCUAGUAAAUUAGGAGAAACCCAUACAGCUGGAGAUGGACAGCAAGAUGGAAAUACGAUACAGGUGGCGAAUGAUAUGGAUACAGGUCAAAUAAGUCCUUCUACUCCUGGUGCAUUGGAGCCUCCUUCAUUAGGUGAACAUUAUACGGCACGAACUGAAGGUGAUGGUAAUGGUCAGGUGGUAGGUGAAUACGAUACUUCGAAUCCAUGGUUUGGCUAUCCAGCUAUCAAAGUGCCUUCCUCCUCACUUACGGGAGGUAAAUCGUAUUCUAUCCGACCUAAAUACUCAAGAAACAGAAAGAGGGAUCUGAUCAAGACUUUGUUGUUCCUCUUUAUGUUGAGAUUACAAUCGUUGCGAUUUACAAUAGAGAGGUACCUGGGAUUAGAUUUGCUGUUCGCUUCUAGGCCAAGUGAUGGGCGGUAUAUGGGUGCGAUGGGACCACAAGAAGGCCUCUUGUCUACUUCAGCGACCGGUAUGGGAAAAGAGAUGGUAUUGAGGAAGGAAAAGGAUUGGUGGUGGAUGAUCGUAGGGUUCCUACUACUGAGAGGGAGUUGGUCGAGAUUAAUUGUCACUUCUUUGGAGACGUUCGGUAGGGGUAAGGAAAUUUUAGGUUGGUGA